CCUCUCGCGCAUCUUCCUCCUCCCACUGCACUGAAAUGCAGCUGCGCCAUUGCUCCUUUGUCCAUUGAAGAGAGCCGCGCGACGUGCAAAGGAAAGAUACCGUGGUCGUUCUGCAACUCGACCACAUAUUGUGCAACGUGUUUCUACCGGGUCUCCGGUGUCGAACGAACGUAGCAGGGCAUCGCUCUUUAAUCUGGCCGGAGUAGUGUGUUGCUACGAGCCAAGCGUUCAAUUUUGGGUCCGCCGUGCAGUCAAGCCCACAAAGGAAAAUCAAAAUGGAAGACUCUAAAUACCUUCCGGAGCUCCAGGCCGAAAAAGACAGCUUGGACCAGUCGUUCACGCACGCAAUGAAGCUUAUUUCUGCAGAGAUUGAGAGGAUUGGGAAAGGUGAGACCAAGAAAGAGCCAGAGAAGGAAACAUACCUGGACCUGUUCGCCACCAAGAAUCUCAAACUGAAAGAGCGGGUACUCAUUCCUACCAAGCAGUAUCCCAGGGUGAACUUUGUUGGUAAGCUUCUGGGACCACAGGGCAGCACAAUCAAGAGACUCCAGGAAGAGACUGGUGCAAAGAUUUCAGUUCUGGGGAAAGGUUCCAUGAGAGACAAGAAUAAGGAGGAAGAGUUGAGGAAGGGCGGUGAGGCCAAAUACGCUCACCUGUCCAUGGAGCUGCAUGUGUUCAUUGAGGUGAUGGCACCCAUACCAGAAGCCUACAUGCGCAUGGCUCAUGCUAUGGAGGAGGUCAAGAAGUUCCUUAUCCCGGAGCCCGGAGAGCACGAGUACAUGGAUCCUAACUUCCUGAAUGGAUCCCAGGAUUGUCCCAGGGGGCGAGGUGGUCACCUCGGCAGGGGCAGGGGUGGACCACCUGGUGCUGGAGGACCACGGGGGCGAGGGAUGCCACGCGGGGCUCCCCGAGGAGCAAUGCGGGGUGGUGGCCCCCGGGGGGGAGGAUUAGGGCGUGGCAACGGUCAUAGGGGUGCACCAUCAGGUAGGGGUGGACCGCCGUCUGCUCCUAAUAGAGGAGGCUCGGCUCCCCGCUCUAGACCACCUGCAGCAGGGGCUCCAAGGAUGCUCCCCUCUGCAGCCAUGUCCCACCAGGGUCCUCCCUCAGCAUCACAGUCCAAAUCUGAUGGCUACGAGGACUAUCCUUCCUAUGAAGAGCAGUAUGCAGAGCCUGCCUAUGAGGGAUAUGACAAUUAUUACAACCAGCAACCUGCACCUGCGGAUACUGAAUAUUAUGACUAUGGACACGGAGAGGCCCAGGAAACCCCAUAUGAGCCCUAUGCUCAAGAUGAGUGGGACAACUCAUGGUCCAGCUCCGGGGCUGGAGGCAAGACCGCCGCUCCCAGGCAGUCGAAGGGAACGUAUAGAGAGCAUCCCUACGGAAGAUACUGAACGGCUACUGGUAGAGAGUUGCUAUGGCAACUGUCUCCGAUUGUAACUCACUGAACUUUUCAAAAGUAAUUUCCCUCUCGUUUGUUCCCCUUUUUUUAUGGUUUAUUUUAUUUUUUUUAAACUCGGUAGACGUUUUGUUGGAUGUAUCAUAGAGUGCCAGAGGAGAAACAUGAAGACGGGUUUUUUCGUUGUUUACCUGUUUCCAUUUAAUGUUUGUUUCAGUUGCGUAGUUGACAGGUCCUAGUGACAUAACCCUAACAAAGAAACAAGAGUAACAUUUUAAUGAUUUAUCGUUUAAGUUAAUUGCAUCUGAACAAAGUGUGACUGUGGCGAUAAAUUCUUCUCACGUAGACUGCAUUCUAAAAGUCCUUCAUGACUGGACAAAAAUGAUUCACAAUGCCUCAAUGUAACUUAACUAUAACGGAGUUAGUCACAAACUCAAUACAGCCCUGAGCCGUUUGCAAAAAGUCUUCUCUUAUAUUUGUUCAUACAAUACAAAUCUAGUCUGUGUGAAGUGAUAGGGUAUCCUAAAAUACUAUUGAAAUCCAUUUGGCCAAGAAAAAUGCUUCUAUUUUUGCCCCACUUUACAAUUGAUUUAUUGUGAUCUGUCCGGACUAUUACUUGCGAAAUCAACGCUGAUCGACUUAUUCUUGUAAAGCUUGAAGGAUUAACAAUCCUUACUGUGUGAGAGGAAGGCAGCAGCCAACUCAAUAUUUUGUACAUAACCUUAGGACAACUGUGUAUGCUUUAAGCCGUACCGUCUCCAAAAUGCAUAAUGCCUGUGUACCUUUGGCUAAAUAGGAUACUAAAUAUAUCCCCAAAUGUUUUUCUGCAGUGCGUGUUUCAAUAAAGUUUCUAGUUUCUUUUUAAUCAAACUAAACAUGGUAUUUUGCCUUUGUUGUACCAAAGGAAUGCCUUCCGUUUGUGAAAGUGGUCGUCAGUGGUUUCUCAACAACGCUGAAUAAGCUGUAUGUAUACACGUUAGCCUGACAAAAAAAACAAAAGCAGUGUUAUGACUUUGAGUUUAUCCUCUUCGUCUGUUUUCAAAACUUAUCUAAAUGACACUUGUAAUGUCGCCUUCGAAAAAAAUAAUAAAUAAAGCUCAUCAUUCCUUGAGGUAAUGUGCUGCCAAAUACAUGUUUGAAUUGAGAAUGAUGUAGUGCUUGAACGUGGAUUGUCAUUAACCUUCCGUUAGUGUUAUUCAAGCUCUCAAGAGAGCAAUGUAUCUUCAGCCACUUGAAGUAACUGAAUUUCAACAGUAUUUCAAAUCAAGCUUGCAGGGAUCUUACUUGACUUUGAUGCAAAGUCAUGCUGGCUGGUUUUUAUAAAAGAAAAAAAUCGCAGAGGAGAGGAUUCUAAAAGCCUAAAGAUCGCCACAAGAAGGUAAAACUAACCCCAACACUCAUUUGUUAGAGUUUUUGUUUUGUUUUGUUUUCUGUGCAAAACAUCAAGUAAUGAAAGUCAUCCAAAACAUAUCCAAAACAUUGAAGUACAAAAUUAUGCUAUCUGUAGUUAUUUCCGAGCAAAAUAAGCCGUACAAAACAAUCAGAAAUGGUUGUGAUGCAACUCUUGCUCAAAUAAAACCAAUAAUGGUCCAUUCAUUUCACUCAAUACUUACCAAUUUCCAUCUUGAUAAUUUCUGUAGAAUGUAGAUUAAUGAAAAUUAGUAGUUGCACUCAAAGCGUUAAAACUUCCCAUUGGUGGACAAAACCUUUCAGCUUGAGUUGCAUGAUACUUUUUUAGUAUAAAGUUAGUUUUGCAUGUGUGUGUUAUUUACUGUGCAUGAAGUCCCUGGUGUGUCCGAGAUCUCAUUUCUGUUUCUCUUCUUAGGUUGUCAGAAAACUGUGUAGGUGCAGUUGACACAUUGAACUCCAGUUUACCGGGCUUUUAUGGUCCGUUGAAAGUCCCUGGAAAGAGCAGAGG